CGAUGUUUCAGGGGGCUUUCUCGUUUGUCCGCCAUCCUUGCGGUUCUUUGCAGAAGGGCACGGAGAGGCCGAGACGAAGCUGCCCGGUGGAACAAGAACUCGGCACUUACAUCCUUCAGACAUGCUAUCCAGGCUUGUUUUUGUUUCAGCCAGUGCCCUGAAAAGCAGUGGCCCCCUUGGAGCUGGCCUUGUCCAGGCGUCUCGCUCCCUGCACACAUCGUCCCAGAGUCUGGCCCCAGUGCCUCCUCUGCCAGAGAAGGGUGGCAAAGUCCGCCAUGGCAUCAUCCCAGAGGAGCUCUUCCAGCUCCUGUACCCCAAAACUGGAGUCACAGGACCCUACAUGCUGGGCGCAGGCCUCCUCCUCUACAUACUUUCCAAGGAGAUCUACGUCAUCAACCAUGAGACUUUCGCUGCCGCCUCCAUAGGUGCUGUCAUCAUCUACGGUGUCAAGAAAUUUGGUCCAAAUGUUGCAGCUUUUGCUGACAAACUGAACGAGGACAAAGUGGCCAAGGCUCAGGAAGUGAAGGACCUUGCCAUGUCCAGCCUGGCUCAGGCCAUUGAGGAUGAGAAGAAAGAACAGUGGAGAGCAGAGGGAAGAUCAAUGCUCUUUGAUGCUAAGAGGAACAAUGUGGCCAUGCUGUUGGAGACCAACUACAGAGAGAGGCUACACAUGGUGACCAAUGAGGUGAAGAGGCGCUUGGACUACCAGAUCGCCCUGCAAAACCUCCAUCGCCAGAUGGAGCAGGAGCACAUGGUCAACUGGGUGGAGAAGAGCGUCAUCGGCAGCAUCACUCCUCAGCAGGAGAAAGAGAGCAUCGCCAAGUGUAUCACAGACCUGAAGGCUCUGGCAAAGGCCACUCAGGCCAAAGCCACAGCCUAAACUGUCAAGUCUUCAGAGAAGGCUACUCUAAUCCCCAACUCAUUGUACCAACAUGAGACGUUCACUUUUCUUUACAGAAUAAACUAUUUCCUCUUUAA